AUGGACGGCUUCAUCAAGCUGUUUUGCGGUUGUUGCGGCACUCAAGAUGAGUCAGAUCUUCCCUAUCGACCACUCGAUCGUUCCGAAGAAGUAAUUCCUGUCCGCGACCCACCAAUCAUCAACCCAAACUUAUAUCAAACUGCUCACGUUAACGGAGGAUUCGACGAAGUCGACGCGCGACCAAUCGAAAGCGAAACCAACAGUCCGCUACCAACUGAAAGCGAAAAAACCGAAAAAGAGCGAGACAAAGAUUUAUUGAACGAAAUUCUUGCAACAACACAACAUGUGAGUCGUUUUCUCUUGAUGAUAAAGAUAAAGGAGAGUUUCUUUCAGAAUAUUAUCACCGUUGGUCACAUGGAAUACAGCAGCCUAGCGACUGGUGAAAAUAUGACAAGAGAACGAAAAUACGAUGAUCUCGUCAAACAAAAUGAUGAUAAUACAAAGAAUGUGCCAACUUCCAGUGAACACGGUAAGAUAGCAGACUUAAGUUCAAAAAAUAUUCAUAUCCAAAGUUGAAAUUUUCUGGGAUGUGGAGAAAAAAUCGAUAACUGGGAUAAUGUUACACAAAAAAACAAAAUAAGGCAGCUGCGGAAAUAGGAUUUCUUUGAAAAUAUAGAAAAAAAUCAUAUAGAUUCACGUGCUAGGUUUCAAAAACAGUAUAUUUUUGUAAAAAUUACGAAUACAAGGUUUUCCUAAGGAACCUUUUCAGUUUCAUAAAAGUUCAUGAAAAUUCCCUUCACAUCUUUCAAAAAAUGUUCUUUUUCAGUGUAUGACUUCGAUUUGAUAACUCUCCAAAGGCCCAUCGAAUUACCAUUGCUAAACGACGAUGAUGCCCCACCAGGUUAUCCCCACAAUCACAUUCGUCCACAUUUCACUGGUCCAAGUCGACAACACACUCAAAGAUCGCGUCCUCUCGGCCUCCAAACUUCAACAUUCCUUGCUGAACAUCCAGACGUCAAAAAAAUCGGAAAAUUGCCGGCAAUCCCACAAGCCACUCGACAAAAACUUCGCGAUUGUGUCAAAGAAAUUCACAACGGUGUUGAAGAAUGUCAAAUCGAACACAAAACCGAUCUUGUCGUUCACAUGGAUUUCUGA